CGUUGCGCCUCAUCGCAGGAACAGGAAUGAAAACAGAAUGUCAGAUAUGUACUUGACACAACCUCUCUCUUUGUCAAAAAGUCCUACCUACAACCAUGAUCUCCCUACCAUAGUCAUCUCUUUGUUUGCGACUUGUAAACUCACCUGUUCAUUGGACCCCGCAUGAAUUUCUUUGUUUUGGGCAGUUCUUUAUGAAAGACAUUUUGUCCGUCUAGCUUUAGCAAUUCCUAUCGUUUUUCUUCACUUCAAACAGUACAGACAGAUUCGCAUACAAUCGCUGCCAUACAUACAUACUAUCCACCAUGGUUCAGGGGCUCAAAGACGAUCCAGACUUCAUUCAAUCUCCCAAAGACUUCAUCAAGGAAGCCACAAGAGAACGGAAUCUUGGAGCCGGAGCGGAUGGGCAGGUCUCCCUGUUCAAGCACCGCCACACGGGCCGUUGCGUUGCGGUGAAGUAUAUUGGAGAGAAUGUGUCGGGUGAUUGGAGAGAAGCGGCGGUGAAUAAUUUGCUAAACGAGAUCGAUCGGUUCAAAACUCUGGGGGCGCAUCCGAAUAUCAUUAAAGUGGUAGGCUGGGAUGCGGAUUUCGACGACCAUCGAGCUGGAAUGCCGGCUUUGUUCCUGGAGCUUGCUACUCAUGGUAGCAUGCAUGAUUACCAACACCGUUUGCGUAGUUACUUUUCAAGAGUUCCCGAACUGACCCUUUGGAAGGUCAUGCUCGAUCUCAGUAACGGCAUCGACUUUCUGCACAACAAACACAAUCUUCAACUCGUUCACGGCGAUAUCAAACCCGGCAAUUUUCUUGUCGUCGGACCUCCUGGGGUGAAGGAAUUUCCUCUCCUUCCCACCUUUAAAUUUUCUGAUUUCGGUCGCAUGGAAGCUUACGACCCAAAGAAUGCCGUGGAAUUCCUGGGCACACAGGCAUAUGCACCGCCACUCGAAGAACGCUGGGCGGGUAUGGCACCCGCCGCAGACAUAUGGGGUAUUGGGGCGACUCUUAACGAGCUAGCUUUCAACACACCGCCCACACAAACAGAUGCUCAAUUUCUUCGGAGUUAUAAUGAAGCAAAAACCUCCAGUGAAACAGAUCUCGAUACAGAUAUUCUGCAGAACAAUUUGUACGUUCGUAAACAGGUUCGCAGUAUGCGUGAAUCCACGAUUCGGCCGUUGAACGCCAGUCGAGAGCGCCAAAUUGAAGAGUUCAACCUUCCGCCCAGCAAUACAGUGGAACCCUACUCAAAUGAGCUGCAAUAUUGGUAUGACGUAUGUUGUCAGUUCGAGAAGAAAGAAAGGGCUACAGCGAAAUUGCUCGGAAGAUAUCUCAUCCCCACUGCCGAAGCCAAUGUUGAAGUUUACGCCGCAUCUUACAAUCUGGACCACAACCGACUUAGGAGAGACAUCAUUGCACACAAUCUAAAGCCUGGCGUGCCAAAGAUGGUUGUACCGCCAUUGAGGGCAAACCCUACUACAGAUCGCGGUCGGCCGGAGGAUCAAAUUUCCUUGUCCUACGGUACCGAGCCAGAAGAAAUUGAUCGUUUCGAUCGCGCCGACGAUCAAGAGGGGUAUGAUCCGGCUACAUCGAGUGAAAAUAAACUUGGGAUAGAAGAUAUUGGGCCGUAUCAAGAACAGCCGGCUCGUCCUGACGUUGGCCGCGAGGUAGCCGAGCCACAAUGGAGGUAUCCCCUGCAGUUUGAUGGGGUGAUAGAACCGCAACCACUAUCCUUUAAAAACAAUCAUGGGCAACCAGAACGCCUUGAUGUGGGCCAUAGAGUGACCGAGCCACAGUGGAAUUCGCGUACACCCCAGGAGUAUGCCCUGCAUCUUACUGUAGAGGAACCGCAACGUUUGCUCAAGUCACAGGAGGAUAAGCGAGAGACUCACGAUCGGAAAGACAAUCAAACACACGCACCUCCAUGAUUUGUAGAAGAACGAGAACGAAUAAUAAGGUAGACUAAGAGCACAAUAGGAACAACAAGGUUUAUGGAGACUCUUCUGUACACGAUGGUAUACGGAGGGAUCAAACCGACUAGCUUGGUCGUUUCUUCUCCUCUCUUUUUUCUUUUUAUAUCAACCGUUUCCUGUCUCGCUCGGUUGAACUCAUCGAACCCAUCUUUGUAAAUCUUUUCGACUCCGAAUUGCGCUAUGAGAACGACACUAA